GCUCCGCCGCGGGCUGCGCGGCGCCUCCCUCAUGGCGCGCGGGCGGCCCGAACUGCUCUGCGGGGCCUUGGCGCUCGGCUGCGCGCUGCUCCUCGCCGUGAAGUUUACCUGCAGUCGAGCAAAAGAUGUGAUUAUACCAGCAAAGCCACCUGUCAGCUUUUUCUCCUUGAGGUCGCCGGUCCUUGACCUCUUCCAGGGGCAGCUGGACUACGCAGAGCAUAUUCGCCGGGACUCGGAGGUGGUGCUGCUGUUCUUCUAUGCCCCAUGGUGUGGCCAGUCCAUCGCUGCCAGGGCAGAAAUUGAGCAAGCAGCGAGCCGGCUUUCAGACCAGGUGUUGUUUGUGGCAAUUAACUGUUGGUGGAAUCAGGGGAGAUGCAGAAAACAGAAACACUUCUUUUAUUUUCCUGUAAUAUAUCUGUAUCAUCGGAGUUUCGGACCAAUCGAAUACAAAGGCCCCAUGAGUGCUGUUUACAUUGAGAAGUUUGUCCGCCGGGUGAUGAAACCACUUCUCUACAUCCCAUCUCAAUCAGAAUUACUAGAUUUUCUCUCAAACUACGAGCCUGGAGUACUUGGGUACUUUGAGUUCAGUGGCUCACCCCAGCCCCCUGGCUAUUUGACCUUCUUCACAUCAGCACUGCAUUCAUUAAAGAAAGAUUACCUAGGAACAGUACGAUUUGGGGUUAUCACAAAUAAGCAUCUUGCGAAACUGGUAUCCUUAGUACACUCUGGAAGUGUGUAUUUACAUAGACAUUUCAACACAUCACUUGUCUUUCCCAGGAAAGUCAUCAACUACACAGCCGAGAACAUCUGUAAAUGGGCCUUAGAAAACCGGGAGACGCUCCUUCGAUGGCUGUGGCCACAUGGAGGCAAGAGUCUUCUGCUGAAUAAUGAACUGAAGAAAGGACCAGCACUUUUUUUAUUCAUACCUUUUAAUCCAUUAGCAGAAAGUCACCCUUUAAUAGAUGAGAUCACCGAAGUGGCCUUGGAGUACAACAACUGUCACGGGGACCAGGUGGUGGAGCGCCUUCUCCAGCACUUGCGGCGGGUGGACGCUCCAGUGUUAGAGUCGCUGGCACCUGAGGUGCCAGCCCGGCUGCCAGACCCACCACUGAUCACCGCGUCACCCUGCUGUAACACUGUGGUGCUGCCCCAGUGGCACUCCAUCUCCAGGACUCACAACGUAUGUGAGCUGUGUGUUAACCAGACCACCGGGGGCAUCAAGCCCAGCUCGGUCAGCAUGCCGCAGUGCAGCUUUUUCGAGAUGGCAGCAGCUCUGGAUUCCUUCUACCUCAAGGAGCAGACUUUUUAUCAUGUGGCAUCAGACAGCAUAGAAUGCAGCAAUUUUUUAAGUUCUUACAGUCCUUUCAGCUACUACACUGCAUGUUGCAGGACCAUGAACAGGAGCAUGAUGGGCUUCAUUGAUUCUGAACAAGAGGUCUUUGAAACCCCAGCCAUUGCAUUCUCUUCCCUGGAGAAGAAAUGUGAGGUUGAUUCCCUGAGCUCCGUUCCUCACAUUGAGGAGAACCAGUUCCUCUUUCCCGAAGUGGACAUGGAUAGCACAAACUUCACAGGUCUGAGCUGCAGAACCAACAAGACCCUGAACAUCUACCUUUUGGACUCAAAUUUAUUUUGGUUAUAUGCAGAGAGGCUGGGUGCUCCGAGCGUAACUCACGUGAAAGAAUUUGCUGCAAUUGUGGAUGUGAAAGAAGAGUCUCACUAUAUCUUGGACCCCAAACAAGCCCUUAUGAAGUUCACCCUAGAGUCUUUUAUUCAAAACUUCAGCGUUCUCUACAGUCCCUUAAAAAGGCAUCUUAUUGGAAGUGACUCUGCCCAGUUCCCUUCUCAGCAUUUAAUCACUGAAGUGACAACUGAUACCUUUUGGGAAGUAGUCCUCCAAAAACAGGAUGUUUUGCUGCUUUAUUAUGCACAGUGGUGUGGCUUCUGUCCAUCCCUCAAUCACGUCUUUAUCCAGCUAGCUCGUCUCCUGCCACCGGACACAUUCACCGUGGCGAGGAUUGAUGUAGCUCAGAAUGAUCUUCCUUGGGAAUUCAUGGUUGACCGUCUUCCUACUGUGUUAUUUUUUCCCUGCAACAGAAAGGACCUAAGUGUGAAAUACCCCGAAGACCUUCCCAUCACCCUCCCGAAUCUGCUCAAGUUCAUCUUGCAUCACUCAGACCGUGCUCCCGCCCCCCAGAACCUGGCGAACCCUCCUACCAAAGAAUGUCUGCAGAGCGAGGCUACCUUGCAGCAGGGGCACAUCUCCCACCUGGAGCGGGAGAUCCAGAAGCUGCGGGCGGAAAUCAGUGCCCUCCACCAAGCACAGGUGCAGGUGGAGGCCCAGCUGGCCAGUGCCCGCAGAGACGAGCACCGGCUGCUGAGGCAGCAGCAGACCUUGGAGAAGCAGCACAGCCUGCUCCGGCUGCACAGUGAGCAGCUGCGGGCUUUGUACGAGCAGAAGACCAGUGAGCUCGAGGAGGUGGCCCGCAGGCUCCAGGAGCUGGCCGACGCCUCCGAGAACCUCCUCACUGAGAACACAUGGCUCAAGAUCCUGGUGGCGACCAUGGAGAGAAAACUGAAGGACAAGGACGCAGCCGAAACACUCGCCCCCCUGAAGGAGGCACGCUCUGACCACCCUGAGCCUGCAGGUGCCCCCCACUUACCUGGCAGUACUCCGCCCUCCAAUGUUAGUGCCACGCUGACGUCCGAAAGGAAUAACGAGAACAGGACAGACUAACUUUUAAAAUGACAUGAAGAAAUCAGAGGGGAAAACUGUACAUUGGGAAUAUAUUUAUGCAAAUUUUACUGAAAUUUAUUGUAAAUAAAGAUUUUCUCAGUGGUCUAGAAAAUCA